AUGGGGAGAAAGCAGCAACCCAACCACCCCCAGAACGUGGGCCACUCCGGCCUGCUGGAGAGGCACCACCCAGGCUGGAACCUGGGGAAGGCGGCCGGGAAGAGGAGUGAGGAUAAGCUAGCCGGCGCUGCCCGGCGCUUCCUCCCGCCCCCCGCCUGGGCCCCCGGGCGCGCCGCUCGUCUAGGUCAGGUCGCCGCGGCCGGGCCGUCUCCGCUCGCUGCGCCGGCGGCGGCGGCCGAGUGUGACUCCCCGGGCAGGGUCUCCCCGCUGCUGCUGGUGUCUCCUAUCCGGGCGGGGGUCGGCGGUGACUCACCGGAGGGCCGGGCGGCCGAGGUCCGGAAGGUGCUCACUUCCUCACCGCGCGCACCUGCCCGGCGCUACUGGAACGCCGCCCGGCCGGGCCUCCGGCGGAUGUUUUUUUUGUCCCCGCCUGUAAGGAUGCUCUGGGCGAGACAGGCUACAGGGAUCUUGGGAGGAUGGGGGAUCACCUACUUGGUGGUAUCUCUGCUGCUCCAGCACCCCGGAGUCCACAGCAAGUGCUACUUCCAAGCUCAAGCCCCCUGCCACUAUGAAGGGAAAUAUUUCACCCUGGGUGAAUCUUGGCUCCGCAAGGACUGUUUCCAUUGCACUUGUCUGCAUCCCGUCGGUGUGGGCUGCUGUGAUACGUCCCAGCAUCCCAUCGACUUCCCCGCUGGGUGUGAGGUACAUCAGGAGGCAGGAACCUGCCAAUUCUCUCUGGUACAAAAAUCUGACCCUCGGCUGCCCUGCAAAGGGAGAGGGCCCGACCUAGAGUGGGGCUCGGCUAACACCCCUGUUCCUGGGGCUCCUGCUCCCCACUCCAGCUAA